AUGUUUUCGUCUUUGUCUGGUCUUCCAGGGAGCAACCUCGAGUGCACGACGCUGUGGUUGGCCCUCAAACGACUGUCUGCAAUGUGGACCAAGCCUGGCGAGAGGUUCCACAUCAAGCGUCGCCACCUCCAGCUCGAUAACUGCGUCGGCGAAAACAAGAACAACAUCGUCAUGGCCUUCAUUGGCGGAUUGGUCGCCGCCGGGGUGAUCGGUUUUGCAGAGGUCUGCUUCCUGAUAUUGGGGCACACGCACAUCAAAAUCGACCAGGUGUUUUCUCGGCUUUUCGUGGGUACCCUCGGUCGAAGCAUCUUCACGAAGAUUCAACUUGGUGAGCUUUUCCGGGAGUCGUACAAGGAGCUUCCGGUACACGUCGGGAUUCUGACCAACCUCGGCAACUUGAAGGGGCUCUAUCUCGCCGACAACAAGCUCAACCUUCGGAAGAUCCGGAACAUCGCCACGUUUCGGGCCUUCCGAGUGGGGAAGGUAGCAGGGGAGGUUUCCGUGUGGGUCAAGCGCUUCAUGCACAGCGAUGCCUGGCUAGGUCUGACAGCGACCGGCGGGGCCCGGGUCGACGCCAUCCCAUACCGUCUCUUCCGGUUCGCUGCGCCGAGUUUUGACAACGUGCUUCCGUUCAACCUGCUUCCUUGUAAGCUCAAGACGGCCGACCCCACCGUGAUCGCCCUCAUCGAGAAGCGCUACAUUGCGACGCGGCCCCGUCUAGAGGCUGCCUACGCUCUAGACCUCCCAAUGGAACGGCUCCACACGUCGAUCCCGCCAGCGACUUGGCCCCCCUCUACGGGCGCGACCGCGGACGGAGUGGGCAACCCACCCUCUCGGGUGAACGGGGUAUCAGAGCCCUCUAAGAGAAAGGCCCCAAACCCAGUGCGUCCAACGUCGCUAGCACCACCCAGCGUCGGCGACAUCGCAUUCUUCAACGCAGAGGAAGCUCCGUUUGUGCUGGGGGAGGUUCUGAGCAUAGCUGCAGACGCCUCGCCGGUGAACGUCAACAUCCACUGGUAUGGGCCUAUCAAAAAUACCGUUAGGGCGGGAGCGGGCAGCGCGACUGUCGAGGACUAUGCCGUGGCGCGUUUCAGCAAGGAUUUCAUCCAAACGAGCGGCGCGAAGCGCAGAACGCCUGAUGCCAGCGACGAGGCUAUCAAACGCAUUAUAGUAUGUUGCAGUUCGCUAACUUCAACGGGCAACAUCCCGGCGAGAAUUAAGAAAGUGCUGAUGGAGACUUGCCGGCCUGCACCUUCGUCGUCCUCGAAGAGCGAAGCCAGUGACUCGGACGACGACGGGUCUGAAGAGUCGGCUGAGGAAGCGAACUCUGAGGAAGAUGAGUCCGAUGACGACGGCUAUGGUUCAGAGUAG